AUUCGCUUGGUACGCGACGCCUCGACACAUGAUUCCUCCUCCAUCUUCUAUCGGUUUCUUUUCCUUGCGAUCCAAGCUCCAACCCUAUUCCCAUUUUUCGUUUUUCAUUCUCUUCUUGCCCUUUCUUUGAUCUGGAGCUCCAUCCAUGGAUUCCGACGACGAGAAGGUUCGCCGGCUUUUGGACUCUGCUGCAGCACUGGAGGUGGAAAGACGCAAGAUUGAGGUCUUUCAGCGUGAGCUCCCACUCACCCUCCAACUUGUGACGCAAGCGAUCGAGAGUAUUAGACAGCAGAUGGGGUGUGUGGAGACGUCGACUGAUGAGCCGGUGCUGGAGGAGUUUAUACCGUUGAAGCCUACCUCGUCGUCGUCGCAGGAUGAGGAGAAUCCGAGGAGUUGUGAGGAGAGGAACGAGAGGAAGCCGGAUUGGCUUAGAUCCGUUCAGUUGUGGAAUCAGGAGCCGGAGCCGGAUGUUGUGAGGAAGCCUGUGGCUUUGGAUCCGAAGAUUGGUGGAGGAGCAUUUCAUCCGUUUCAGAAGGAGGAUCGUGUGGCUCCGCCUCCUGUGGCGGCAGAGGCAAGCUCAACUGCGGAGAGGGUCGGCAUGUCCGGUGGAGAGGACAAGGAUAAAGACAAGGAGGGGCAUUCUCGGUCUCAGAGGAAGGCGAGAAGGUGUUGGUCUCCGGAACUUCAUCGUAGGUUCCUUCAUGCCCUUCAGCAGCUUGGUGGUUCUCAUGCUGCAACUCCAAAGCAAAUCAGAGAGCUGAUGAAGGUGGACGGCCUCACCAACGAUGAGGUGAAGAGUCAUUUGCAGAAAUAUCGGCUGCACACCAGAAGACCUACUCCUGCUGGCCAGAGUACCAGUCCUCAAACACCACAGUUUGUGGUGGUCGGCGGCAUUUGGGUCCAACCACCAGAGUACACCACCCCUGGCGCAGCAGCAGUCACUCAACCUGCUGAGGGAACCAGACCUCCCAUGAAUGGAAUCUAUGCUCCUGUUGCAUCAGUGCCAUCAUCAGAAGUGAGACUUAAGAACAAGAAGGCAUCAAACAGAUCACCUGAAGGUUCCCUGCAUUCAAGCGACAGAGGCAGUCAUGAGGAUAAUAGUGUUGCUGACAAUGGCGCUACCAACUCCACUUCCCCUUCUACCUCAUCCUCUUCUCAGACCACCACUGUCUCUCCUCCUUACUAAAUUACAUCUUCAUGUUAUUGUAAGCAAAUUGUUUGUUAAUUAUCCCAUUUUUGUAACUUGCUAUUCACCUUUGUAAAAUCAUGAGAGAGAGAGAGAGAGAGAGAGAGAGAGAGAGAGAGAUGUAUACAUGGUUUCUUUAUGUUAACUAUAGAGAUGUGUUCUGAUUGUUGUUAUUUUUA